GCGCGCUCCCCCGCGCGCCGCGCCGCGCUCAGUGCCAGGCGGGAGGCGGCAGCGGUUGGACGCUCGCUCAGCGGCUGUGGAGCUUGCAGGACUUGGGCGGCGGCGGCGGCGGCGGCGGCGGCGCCUCGGGCUCCUGGCGCGGGCACCUCUAGGCAGACACCAUGAGACGAGUGGUACGGCAAAGCAAGUUCAGGCAUGUGUUUGGCCAGGCUGUGAAAAACGACCAGUGCUAUGAUGACAUCCGGGUUUCCCGCGUCACCUGGGAUAGCUCCUUUUGUGCAGUCAACCCCCGAUUUGUCGCCAUCAUCGUAGAAGCGAGUGGGGGCGGGGCAUUCCUUGUGCUGCCCUUACACAAGACUGGUAGAAUUGACAAAUCCUACCCAACCGUAUGUGGCCACACAGGACCCGUGCUCGACAUCGACUGGUGUCCCCACAACGACCAGGUCAUCGCCAGUGGUUCCGAGGAUUGCACAGUGAUGGUAUGGCAGAUCCCCGAAAACGGACUCACUCUUUCCCUGACUGAACCCGUGGUGAUUUUGGAAGGCCAUUCCAAGAGAGUUGGAAUAGUGGCAUGGCAUCCAACUGCACGCAAUGUUCUGCUCAGUGCAGGUUGUGACAAUGCCGUCAUCAUCUGGAACGUGGGGACGGGGGAGGCCCUCGUAAACCUGGAUGACAUGCACUCAGACAUGAUCUAUAACGUGAGCUGGAACAGAAACGGCAGUCUGAUUUGUACGGCCUCCAAAGACAAGAAAGUGAGAGUGAUCGACCCCAGGAAGCAAGAGAUCAUAGCCGAGAAAGAAAAGGCACACGAAGGAGCUCGGCCCAUGAGAGCCAUCUUUUUGGCAGACGGCAAUGUCUUUACCACUGGCUUCAGCCGCAUGAGUGAGCGGCAGCUCGCCCUCUGGAAUCCGAAAAAUAUGCAAGAACCCAUCGCCCUUCAUGAAAUGGACACCAGCAACGGCGUAUUACUGCCCUUCUAUGACCCUGACACCAGCAUCAUCUACUUAUGUGGGAAGGGUGACAGCAGCAUCCGUUAUUUUGAGAUCACGGAUGAAUCCCCCUAUGUCCACUACCUCAACACGUUCAGCAGCAAAGAACCCCAGCGGGGGAUGGGCUACAUGCCCAAGAGAGGGCUGGAUGUCAACAAAUGUGAGAUUGCCAGAUUCUUCAAACUCCAUGAGAGGAAGUGUGAGCCCAUUAUCAUGACUGUUCCAAGGAAGUCGGACCUUUUCCAGGAUGACCUGUAUCCAGACACAGCAGGACCCGAGGCCUCUCUGGAGGCAGAGGAAUGGUUUGAGGGCAAGAAUGCCGACCCGCUCCUCAUUUCCCUGAAACACGGCUACGUUCCUGGCAAGAACCGUGACCUCAAGGUGGUCAAGAAGAACCUGCUGGACAGCAAGCCCUCGGUCAACAAGAAAGGCGGCCUGAUGGGCCCCACCAAGGGAGUGGCUGACGGUAUUGGCACCGUGCAAAAUGAAGCCAAGUUGGACGAGAUCCUCAAAGAGAUUAAGUCCAUCAAAGACACGAUCUGCAGUCAGGAUGAGCGCAUUUCCAAGUUGGAGCAGCAGAUGGCCAAGAUAGCCGCGUGAAGGCAGAAGAGAGGGGAAAGUGGGAGGGAGGAGGGAGGCGCCGGGGGAGGCUGCCAGCCGGCAGCCACGUUCCCACGGCCAGCCGCUCGUGAGUGAGUCGCCAUUGAAAAAGUGGAGCUUUUUAUCAAAAGCCUUUCCGAUGUUUUAAGUGUUCCGUGACUGUUUGUUGAACUUUAAAGAAACAAAAAAAAAAGUGCUACUUUUAAAGUUCCAGAUCUUCUGAAUUUUGGAAACCAAACCAUUGAGAUUCAGUGUUGUGCCCAGGCCUCUUUUUAGCAUUCUUGUGUUGUUGUUGCAGAGUAGGGACCAAUGGAUGCCACGUCGCUCUUCAGACUUUGUUUUUUAAACUUGCCAAAACCAAAAGGAGCUUUUUUUCCCUCUGUAUUUCGCUACUUUGCAGUAUUUGUGUGUGUGUAUUUUUCCUUAAUUUGAAAGGGACAGCACUGUGUAUGUUUAUAAAAUGAAGAUAAAAUAUUAUUUUAUAUAAACAUUCAUCUUAGAACAAUCAGAGCCGUAGCCACUUUGUGCUGCCCCGUCUGUGGCAUGAAGGGAGUCAGGGGAAGGACUUUGCAAAGGGAAGCCUUGAACAAUCCGGGGGGGCGGCCUGGCCAGCCCCACUGGCCUCCCCUCUCCUUGUGUCCAUCAGCGUGAAGCCAGGCUCCCUGAGCCCCUUCUCCCUUCUCUAGACGUGGGGCAGCUUUAUCAUCGUGCGGUUGGACUUGACGUUUGGUCGUCCCAGGCCUUGAGCUCUGGGGAGGCAGCUCUGUCCAGACUGGCAUGGCUGCUGGCGUCUUGGCCGUUUCUUACUUGAAGCAUCAUGUUUUCAGGUUCAGGGCUAGUGCCCGGUGGGCGUGGAUGCCCCUGGACAAGGAUGUGGGCAUGCAGUGACUUUCUUUGUGCCCCCUGCCCCCCUGCUGGGGCACCGACCACGUGGAGCUCAGAAGGGGAGCACGGAUCUUAUAGCCCUGCCUGUUCUGUUGUUUCCCAGUCUUGCUCUGAUGCCGUGCCAGAGGAAAAAAAAGAUUCUUUCCACUAACAAGGCUCCCUUCCCUUUGCGAAGUCCACACAUACAAAAUUACUGUACUCAGGGCCCCCCUCCCCCUGCAUUUUGUUCUCCCUCCCUCUCUAUUUCAGACAUAUUUUCCAUUAAACUUCUGAGACCCGUGGACAGACGGUGCUUAGUGGUGGAGUGAGUGGUCUGUGACAAAGCCACGAGUGGUCAAGUAGCUGGGGUCCAGUUGGGCCCUUCGGCCCUUCUCCCCAUGCCCGGGGCUGCCCCUUUAAUACCCUCAGCCCUGCACAUGCUGAUACGCUCAGCCUUUCCCAGGGGGGCACACACCAGGUUCCCAAAACCUCGGGGCAGCUGAGGCCUGGGCUCUGUCCAUCUGUCUCAUGUCUAGCGUAAGGCUUCUGUGGAAGAACUGAGUGUCUCAGGUUGGAUGUGGAAAGUCUGACGGUGGGUUGGAGCAGGGAGCUUCCGUGGCCGCUAGUGUAGGUGGGGAGAGAGGCCUAGGUCUGAGCAGAAGAGGACAAUGGGAAUUGGCCCUGCUGGCUCUGUGGCUUUGACUUUGGAGCCGAUGCUGGGAAGGCUGGCCCCAGGGUCUGAGGGUGUCCAGAUGUGUGCUGCUUUCCCCCUUUUGUACGGAAGUGUAUAAUGAGAUGUGUAAAAGAAAAACAGUCGUUGCAGCGACUUGGGUGCAGAGAGCUGUGUGGUGUUCAUCCAUGCAAUUUUCCAAGACCCUUCCAUUGUAAGAUUGGGGCCCAGACCUGAUUGCUGGUGGUGGCAGGAUGCUGGGAAUGUGGUUCUGAGGUGGGAAGAGGGCAAGGAAAAGUCAUUCUGAUUGCUGUUUGUUGCUUGCGUCUUAUUUAAGUGAAUGGAUGCCUGACUAGGCACAAACAGGGUCAGUGCCUGAAGCUGAGGGGUGGGCAGGGGGGGGUGGCUGCCGUGAUAGCCCAGAGGAGAACCAGUGAAUUAUUCCACGAUCGGCUCUUAUAGAGCGGCCAUAGUAUUCUGUCAAAAUAUCUGCUUCCAUUUUCAACGAUAAAGUCAUUGAUUACAAAA